ACAAUUUUCUUACUUUGGCGCAGUGUCGUGCGGUCCGCUGGUUCCGCAAAGAGCCGAGGACAAUCCCGCAAUUUACGGCCUUUUUAUAAAAAAGGGCGAAGAGAGAGAAAGAGUGAAAAGCUCUCGAAUCUGUCGUUAAUUGGUACAAAUGCGGGACGGGUCCGCGGCGAUUCAGAAGAAACACACGGUGGCGGAGGCGACGGUGGGCAGAGGGAAGCAGCGCAGAGGGUGCACCUCCCCGCAGCCUCCCUCUCGCUCAUUUCUCAGGCUGUGGCGGCGAACCAGUCGGCCGCUUUCACAGGCAGGGAUCACAUCUGCGCGCGUCCACGGCUCGCUCUAGCUCUUGACGGACGACCAGCGCGCUAGACAUGUACGGGCUACUCCUGGAGAACCUCUCCGAAUUCAUAAAGUUCGUUUACGGCGAGGAUAAAUGGGAGGAGAUCAGGCGGCUAUGCAAUGUCGAGCAGCCCAGCUUCAGCGUGCACCAGGUGUACCCGGAGAGCAUGGUGCCGAAACUGGCGAAAAAGGCUAUGCAGGUGCUGGGCAUAAGCGAGAGAGAAUUCUACGACGGAAUGGGUGUUUACUUUGUGCGCUUUGUCGGUCAGUACGGCUACGACAGAGUGCUCUCCGUCCUUGGCAGGCACAUGCGAGACUUCUUAAACGGCCUAGACAAUCUACACGAGUACCUCAAAUUCUCGUAUCCACGAAUGCGCGCUCCGUCCUUCAUUUGCGAGAACGAAAGCCGGCAGGGAAUGACCGUCCACUAUCGAAGCAAAAGAAGGGGCUUCGUUUACUACACCAUGGGCCAAAUAAGAGAGGUUUCUAGGCACUUCUACGGCAAAGAGAUGCAGAUCGAACUGAUGAAGGAGGAAAUGGUUUUCGACACACUGCACGUCACCUUUCAGCUCACGUUCGACAAUCGCGCUUUCGGCGAGUCCACUCUGGUGCUCUUCAGAGACGAGAAGCACUUGCCCAGUGUCAACGCCAAUCUCCUCUUCGAGAUUUUCCCGUUUAGCAUUGUUUUUGGCUCCGACCUCAAAGUCAAAAGCAUCGGCAACUCUUUAACGCAAAUCGUACCUGAAUUGAUUGGCAAAAAAAUCACAGAUUGGUUCGACCUGGUGAGACCGUUAAUAGAGUUCAGAUUUACAACGAUACUGAACCGCUCUAAUAAUAUUUUUGAACUUGUAACCGUCGAGCCGAUUAUGACUGAAAAAGGAAUGGAGGAGAAGCAGCGACUGGAAAAUGCCAUGUUUUCUGAAGAGCCUGAAGACGUUAAUGACAAGCACCUACACUUAAAAGGCCAAAUGGUGUACAUGGAGGACUGGCAACUGAUUAUGUACCUGGGAACCCCUGUUAUGCCUGAUCUCAACAGUCUCAUUUGCACCGGCUUAUUUAUAAACGACCUCUCGAUGCACGAUUUCAGCAGAGACCUCAUGCUCGCCGGCACGCAGCAGUCUGUGGAGCUGAAAUUGGCUUUGGACCAGGAGCAGCAAAAAUCAAAGAAGUUGGAGGAAUCGAUGAAAAAGCUGGACGAGGAGAUGAGACGCACCGACGAGCUCCUCUACCAAAUGAUUCCAAAACAAGUGGCAGACCGUCUUCGCAAGGGCGAAAAUCCGAUAGACACGUGCCAGAUAUUCGACGUUGUGUCCGUACUUUUUUCUGACGUGGUCACGUUCACUGAAAUUUGCAGCAGAAUCACUCCCAUGGAGGUGGUCUCAAUGCUCAACGCUAUGUACUCAAUUUUCGACACCCUGACAGAGAAGAACGGGGUUUAUAAGGUUGAAACAAUAGGCGACGCUUAUAUGGUUGUGUCAGGUGCGCCGGAAAAGAACCCCAAACACGCAGAGCUGGUUUGCAAUAUGGCGCUAGACAUGGUGGACGCAAUCACCGACCUGAAGGAUCCAUCAACCGGGAGCCACUUGCAGAUUAGGGUAGGUGUGCAUUCCGGGGCCGUCGUUGCCGGAAUCGUGGGACUCAAAAUGCCGAGGUACUGUUUGUUUGGUGACUCUGUGAAUACAGCGUCGAGAAUGGAAUCCACGAGCUCCGCGAUGAAAAUCCACAUAUCGCAGGGCACAAAGGACUUACUUCCUGAUAUAUAUAAAACCGAGAAGCGCGGCAUGAUUACGGUCAAAGGGAAAGGCGAUAUGAAGACCUACUGGCUCGAGAGCAAAGAGGGUAGGCUGCCGUUGGAGCACGACGAGACCACCGUGAUACUCGUCAACACCAGGGCACAAAUGUCGCCGACUCCAGUCGAUCGCGGAUAUUCGCCGGUCACCCACGCCGACGUCGUCAACAAAUCAGCCAAUAAUUCGCCCGCAAAGUCUUCAUUGCGAAAAGAUUCGUUGGCCGCGCCUGUUGCUCCUCCGACUAUUGUCACGCCGAACGUGAUCAUCCCCGUCGACGCAGAAAAAGUGCAGAGCAGGAGACCGAGCAGUGUGUUCAAAGACCCCAUAGAAGUUGGUCUCUCGGUCAAGUUGCCGCCAGGAUCUCCGGGAGGGUCUCCACCGCAGUCACCACCAAUUCCAGUUGGAGUGCCUCUCAAUCGGAUGAAAGUAGAGAGCGAGGCGCGGCCGCUGGCGUCGCCCGAGUGGACGCAGGUGUGGGACAACGCGCACAAGCGCAACAAGGCCAAGCGGCGGCAGAUGGCCUCGACGGCCACUUCAGAGGUGAGCGUGCGGCACGCCGACCGGCCGGCAGCGCGGACGAGCGCCGGACAGUCAACCACGUGCCACCACUGCCAGCACCACUGCUGCGGCGGCGCCGGCAAGCAGCGCGUCACCAGCAACACGUGCCAGCUGCUCUAAGCCUGAGAAUCCCAAAUUAAAUUAGCAGAACACCGCAGGACCACAGACGUACGACUCCUCCGGCUUUUGAAGGGAAAUAACAGAGAUGCUUUUCAAUAAUUCCAAAAAAAUGCUCCUCGAGUAGGACGGUUUGCACUAUUGCGGAGCAACUACACCAAAGAAGGAACAAUAUAUACAUAAUAUAGCUACUGUUUCAUUCUGGUUUCUAACGAUGCGUGCGAUGCGUGAAUAUAUUUAUUUGGCAUUUUGAUAUUAGACGAAAUGUCACGUGUUGGACGACGAAAUUGGCAUGAGGUCGAGCAAAAUUAAAGAAAUUGACACCAGUAAUCAUUAAUUUCUAGAAGAUAUCAUCAUAAAUAUUUGGCGACAAAAUAAAUUAAGUUUUGCAGGACAACUGUGGAAAAUUUUACUAACAUGAAAUAAAACCACUCUAAAAUGUUCACAUACGUCAUAGAUGGGACAAUUGAAAUUCACAAUUUUUUAAAAUUCUAAAAUACCGAACUCACUUCAAAAAUUUUAGUUGGAAACCAAAAUUAGCAGUUUGACCUUGAUCUAGGAAAUCAAAUUUGAUGUUAAUUCGAUCGGGCUUGGCAAGAGGAAUCCAAAGCACAAUAUUUUGUCAAAGUACCUUCAUGACGCAAUCUGCUAGAAGCAAUGACUUAUUUCUAGUAUAAUUUUCGAUGGGUUUGCUUGACAGCAUGCCAAUUUUGUCCUGCGACCCGUGACAUUUCGUCAUUAUUCAAUGGUGAUAUGGUUAAUCUAAAAAAUGGGCUGCAUUUUCGCAGUUGGGAAAUUCACGAUGUAAGGUCCAAUUAGGGAACAAAAAUUAUUUGACUUUCAAUUUUUUCAUAACAGGGGCUACCCUUUGGAAAAUUAAAUCCAAUUAUUGCAAUUAUAUUGAAUUCUCUACCUCAUUUGAAACUGUUAUUACUUUAUUGAGAAAAAUGUGCAAAUAUUGUUUAAGAGUUAAGUUUUCCAUUCCCUUGGUUGAUUUCAGCACAAGGCGUGUAAAUUGUUUGUUGUAAAUUUUAGUGUUACGUAUUAUAUACACUGUUGAUAUUGAAAACUGUAAUAUAGCUGAGAGUUGUUCACCAGAAAAAAUAAGUUUGUAGUCAAGUGACGGUGUUGUUGUGAAUCAACUUAUUUUUAAAAUAAAACUGUGUUAAUUGUUUCA